CAUUUCAUUAUAGAUAUGAAAUUAAAUAAAGUUAGUUGCAACGAAUGUAAGUACAUCGAUACUCUAGAAAAAUUGUUUGACUGCAAACAUGAGUUUUGUAAGCGCUGUAUAGAUGAUAUCAGAAGAAGUACUUAUAAAGGUGAAGCAUAUAAGUGUAAACAAGAUUUGUGUAUGUCAGGAUUACCCAAAGGGAUUUGCCUAAAUUGUCAUAAAGAGAUGCCAGUAGAUAAAAUGUUUGAAUGCCAACAUACAUUUUGCGAAGACUGUAUAAAGUAUUUGAAAAAAGAAAAAACUUAUUAUUGUCCAAUUGACAACUGUAAUACAAAAGUACUCCUAGAGAUAUGCGACAAAUGUAAAUUCAUCAAUUCAGUAGAAAAAUGUUUUGACUGCGAACAUUGGUUUUGUAAUAGCUGUAGAAUAGAAAUAAAACAAGAUGCUUAUACGUCGAAAAUCAAUCAUUGUACCAUACAAAACUGUAAAUCACAACUACCCAAAGGGAAUUGCCUAAAAUGUAAUAAAGAGAAGCCAUUAGAUAAUUUGUUUGAAUGCCAACAUAAGUUUUGUGAAGACUGUAUAAAGUUUUAUGUAGAAGAAAAUAUUCAUAAUUGUCCAAUUGACAACUGUAAUACAAAAGUAAUCUUUGGUAAUAAUCUAUUUUAUAAUUAUUAUAAUAUUCUAUAUUUUGUAUUAUAACAAUCAGCUAAAUGAAAUCAUAGUAUCUCGUGUUAAAAUUAUCUAGAUUUUGGUUUUUAAAAUUCAUACCCAUUUUUAUGUCAUGUUAAUUUAUUCCUGCAACUCAUAAAUUAUUUAUAAGAAUGUUUACAUAAAAUAUAUUUUCACCAUAUUGUAUGUAACUAAAUAGAAACCUGAUUAGAAUGGAGGAGAAAGGAGACAUUUUUAGAUAAUAACCAAUGAAUUAAAAAGUGUAAUUAAUCUAAACUAUUUUCUAUACAGAGUGGUUUAUUAAGUCUAAUAACCUCCAUUAUUUUGUUUUAUAUUGGUUUUUUCACACUACAAUAUUAGUAUGAAAAAAUAAAAAAAAAUAUGUAUGAUAUACAUAUAUAUAUAUUUUUAAUAUUAUUUUAGUGAAUACUUUAAUACAAUGUAAAAUUUUAAUCACUUAAUACAACCAUGAAUUAUUUUUUUAAAAAUAAUCAUCAAAAUAUGUUUUCAUUUCAUUAUAGAUAUGAAAUUAAAAAAAUGUGGUGGCUGUAACAAAAAUGUUUUAAAUACGAGCUUUUUUCUUUCUGGUAGCGGAAUGGAUUAUUGUAAAGGUUGUAUAGAAUUUAUACAAGAAAAUAAUUACUGGAGAUACUAAAACCAAUUAUAGUUUUAAUAAUUAACAUAAAUUGACUUAUCAAUAUUGAAAUAUUAACGAUUUAAUAAUAAAUUGA